CUUACCUCAUACUUCACCCAGCACCAGAGCUAGCAAGCAAGGCCAGUCACCAGAGCUGAUCUUCAACAUCAUCAUAUUAUAUUCAUAAGCUUAUUUAGCAUAUAAUCUUUCAAUAUUAUUAUAAUAAUAAUAUAAUAAUCAGCCAGCCAGCAAGCCAGCCAGCCAGCCACCCAACCAACGUACGUACUCUUCUGGAUGCUCCACGUUGUUCUUGUCUGAAGACUUGAAGUAACCUUUUCUCUCUUUCUUUCUAAAAUUGGCUUUGGAACUUGAUCAAAAAAGCUAAUUUAUAUCCUCUUUUGUUAAAUCAAGAUGCCUCCACACGCCUGUGUAAUCAUGACCCAGAGUUCCACCUCAGUGAACCCUGAACUCCAGGUGGCUGCACAGCCAUGUCCGCCGCCGCCUCUGCCUCCGCCCGCGAAGAAGCUGAAACAGGGCAUCAGCUCCAUUCUUGCACCCGAGAAUGAUGAUCAAGGAGGGAGCUCCGCACCCUCCAUUAGAAGGACUCUCUCCGCUGACAUGUCAUCCAAGAAAUGGGCAUCCCAGACCGGGUUCGCCCCGGAGGAAGAACGCCGUUCUUCCUCCGUCAGCGACCGGCCCGGGCAAGAUGAGGUCUGGAGAGCUAUCCAAGAGAAGAGACUGAUCAAUCAUGGGAGCGAUGAUCUUCAUCGGGGGCCGCCGAAGACUAUAACCCGAGCAGCGGCAUUGCCGAGCGCUUCAUCCACUGAAUCUUUUAGCUCAAUCUUGGAUUCAUCUCUGAGAAGAGAUGUGUUUGCUCCUUACAUUCAACCUAAGAAACAGCCGAAGAAGUUGAGCGCCAAAAGCCUGUUUUUGUGCACUGAGAUUCUGGGUUCCGAGACCGGCGCCGAGGACUUCCAGUCUGAUCUGCCGCCUCUCCCAACGAAUAGGAAGAAGCCGCCAUUGAUGAACAUGUAUAUGAAGAGAUCUGCUCCCAGACCUCUGCCACCUCCCCUGCCUUCACUGGAUAUGAACAAGACUACAGUCCAAGUUCGCACCCGCCGGGAGGACGGCCGGCUGAUUGUUGAAGCUGUUUCCGUCCCUCCUCGGGAGCAUCUCCGGGCUGAAAGAAGCAACGGCCGGCUUUUCAUCUCCCUCAUCAACAGCGGGUCUGGCAAUGGAAAGCCGAAAGAAGAAGAGCCAGAGUUCGUGUUCAAUUUCGAAGAAGCUGAAGGUCGGAAUGACGAAGAUGAAGAAGAAGAGGGCGAUGAUGGUGAUAAAGAAGAGCAAGGAGAUGACAGGAACGGAAUGGGUAUUCCGGCGGAGCAAGAUUCGAGCUUUUCCGGCCGGAGAUGCCCGCCGCCAAUGCGAUUCCCGGGGCUAAUUUUCAAGAAAAACAGAGCAUUGAUGGAGGAUCUCAUUGUAAACCAAGCCCAUUCACGGUCUCUGCCACCGGCGCCCGGGGUGGCCGGACUGGUCCGGGAAAACCCGCCGGUGGUAAGCGUCACAUUCGUCAAUGACUACGAUUACUUCUGGCGACCGAAACCGGCUACUCCGAGUAAAGACGGAGCAGCCGAGCAUCUCAUCCAGAAGCUUAACGAUAACGACAACAAUAACAACAUAUUUGUAUCAAUGGAGGAGCAGAGGAAGAGAGACAGAUUGGGGCUGUUGAGAAGAAUCAACGACAAGAAGAUGCCGCCGGCGAUGUUGAACGGCGCCUGUAAAGAUGGCAGAAGAAGCUCUUUACUUCAUCGCCCCAACCUCAUCGCUGGCCGUUCCAAUUGAUCCAAGCCAUGCAUUCCUCAAUCCAGGCGAAUUAAACACUAAUUAAUUAAUAGAUUAAUAUAUAACCCCUAUUUACUAACAUAAUAUAAAAAUAAAACAAAAUAAAACUUACAACAAUAAAGUAAAAAUAAUGAUGUAAUGCCCUCCCUGUUAGGAUCAUCAGUUGCUUUUUUUAUUUUAUCAAACUCUGAAAGAGUAUAUUAUUACAUGUGUAGCCAAAAUAAAAACAAGCUAGGAGUUCUAGCUUUAAUACAAAUCAGAGCAGCAAAAUAAAACCAUAUGCUCAUAUUGCUUAUAAUCCUCAAGACUUGCCUUUAAUUUCCAGCGCUAUUAAUUAGUUAGUACCCA